GGGAAUUUCGGCUGUGGUACAGCCACAUUCUUCCACAUGGAGCGAACAGAACAGUUGAACACACCCACGCAGGCUCCCGGCGGACGGACGGAUGACGCGCAGCCAGACGAGGCCCGCCGCGAUGCCACCGACGUCCACCUCGCCGGGGGACCUGGUGGCGCUCUCCGCCCGGUGCUCCACGAAGCGCGAUCUCCGCCUCCUCCACGGCGCCCUCCUGCGCCGCCGCCGCCUCCUCCCCGCCGCGGACGCCGUCGCGGCGCUCGCCAAGCUGCUCCGGUUCGCCGCCGUCUCCCCCGCCGGCGACCUCCGCCAAGCCGCCGCGAUGCUCUCCACCCACCUCCCCUUCAUCACCUCGGCCUCCACCCACCCCGCCUUCUUCUACAACACCCUCAUGCGCGGCCUCGCCGCCUCCGCCUCGCCCGGCGACGCCAUCGGGCUCUUCGCCGCGAUGCGCCGCGCGGGCGCCGCGCCCGAUGCCUUCACCUUCACCUUCCUCCUCAAGUCCUGCUCCCGCUGCCCCUCGGGCCGGCGGUUGCCUUCCGACCUCCAUGCCCAGGCGAUCAGGCACGGCUGCCUCGGCGAGCUCGGCGCGCACGCGCACGUGCACAAUGCGCUGCUUCACGCCUACGCGUGCCGGGCGUCCGUCGACGACGCGUGCAGGGUGUUUGAAGAAAUUCCGGCUCGGGACGUGAUCUCCUUCUCAGGGCUACUCACCGCGCAUCUCAAAGCCAGUGAUUUGGACGCCGCCCGCCUUGUGUUCGACCAGAUGCCUCACCAGGAUGUCGUUUCUUGGACUGCGAUGAUUUCAGCAUAUGCCAAGGCUUGCCGGCCGCAGGAGGCCUUGGCAUUGUUUGAUGCCAUGCCGAUGCAGCCAGACGAGGUGACCAUGGUGAGUAUUGUGUCCGCGUGCACCACACUAGGGGAUCUUGCAACCGGGGAGCGUGUGCGGAGGCACAUUGAUUCCCUUGGUUUUGGAUGGAUGGUGCCACUUCGCAAUGCACUUAUGGACAUGUACGCAAAGUGCGGGUGCCUCCCUGAAACACGAGCUUUGUUUGACAGGAUGAUGGUGAGGAGCUUGGCAUCUUGGAACACGCUGAUCUCGGCAUAUGCAUUACAUGGCGAUCUGGACAACACGAUUGCUGUGUUCCAUCAGAUGCUGGCAGAAGGGAACACUGUGAGGCCGGACGGUGUGACGCUUCUCGCGGUGCUUAUGGCGUACGGAUACAAAGGCCGUGUUGAGGAGGGGCGAGCCAUGUUCAAUGCGAUGCAACGAGGUGACUAUGGCAAAGUGGAACUCACAGUCGAGCACUAUGGGUGUGUGGUGGACAUGCUUGGUCGGGCAGGGAAACUCGAGGAGGCAUACCAAAUGAUUAAGCGAAUGCCAAUUCCGAGCAAUGCUGUGAUCUGGGGCGCACUACUUGGUGCUUGUCGGACUCAUGGGGAUAUUGACAUGGCAGAGAGGACUGUGCAGGAGUUAAGGAACCUAAACCCAGAUGAGGGUGGUUACUACAUUUUGCUCAGCGAUAUGUACACAUCUGCUGGACGGAUAGCUGAGGCCACAGAGAUCAGACGUGCCAUGAAUGAGAAGGGGGUCCAGAAGACUACAGGCCGGAGCACUGCCUUUCUGCCUCAGCUGUAGUUUACCAUUAUCUGGCUAUCCUUAAGAUCACAAUUCACAAGCAUGUCAUGCUAGCCAGAUUCUCUUCACACCAGACAAGCCUAUGGAUUGGUCACAUUUGUCUCGGUCUUCUUGCCAAGGUGUGAUGAUUGAUAUCCAUGGUGUAAGGCUGCUGGCAACUAAGGCUCAGGUAAUCAAAAUACCUGAAAGACUAGUUGAGUUGAGUCAGGUGAUGGUACAUAGACAAUGGCCACACCGAAGCCAGUUUCAGUAUGUAUGCAUGUUAAGUAUAGCCUAGCUCACUUACAUUAUUAUGUAUUUAUGUACCAGCCCAUACUUGAUGCUUACACAAAAAAGGGGCAUUUGCAGUACUGGGCCUUGCAGGCCUGAACUUCUUUAAAACCAACCCCAACAUCUUAGUCUUGACUACGAGGUGCACACUGUCAUUAGGAUUGCCUCUGGCAUGUGUGAGAAACAAGUGCAUAUUUUGGAGACCAGUAUCAUCUUACCUUGUGCGGCUCACUAAUAAAUGUGGCUGCUAGAAAGCGAUGAAAUCACCGAAUGAACUUCAAGUGAUUAUACCUUGUGGGGUCCAGCAAUAGUUACUUUCACGAACUGCAAGUAAGUAGUGAAUAGUAUUUCCAAAAGUUCUUAAAUUUGAACUCUUGCCCUGCUGGUUUUAGAGGGAUCGCCAGCAACAAUGUAAACUUUGUUUAGAGGAAUAAUGUGGUACACUACAAUCAUUUUCUGUUGAACUAUUAGCAAGUGAUAACUUUUCUUUGAAUUAAUUUGGUGGUUGUUGAACCAUAAAUUGACUGUUUUCUAGAAUCCCAUAAAUUAACAGUUAAAGUCUACUAAGUUGCCCUAAGAUUUUUAUUUUAACAUGUUCUGAGUAUCCCUCACAGAUAUCAUGUUGAUUACAUUUAACCAUUCUCUAUGUAUGACUGGCAAUUCCUUGUUCGCAUCUUUGUUUUACAAGCUCGUCAUGUUCUGGGAAGGGGAUUUCUUCACUCUGGUCUCUGUGUGCUUAACAUUUUGCAUGUUUGAUGGAUGUUUACUCCUAUUGUAUAAUACAGUUACCUAAAUCCUUCUGUACUAGACUACAAGUGAUGUAGAUUUUUCAUAUUGAGGUUCAGAAAAUUAACGGUGGUUAGCUACCUUGUGGAGGGUUGUUUUUGGAGGAAGAGAGGAGAAAGAUGGACUGAUCACCGCAUACAGCCUGCUAGGUGGCACAACUGGGAGUCUGGGACAAACCUGACGAUGAACAUCACUAUUUUUCUGAGUUGCGAGAGCCUUGACUGUAAGGAUCCAGCAUGCUGAAUCGAAUGAAUUGGUGCAAAGAAUUGGCCAGUGACUAAGUUGCACUAUUCCUUGAACAAACUUCUAUUGGCUCGUGCAUCAGGAUUCAGGAGUCUAUGGCUCAUGUACAAGAUGGGAACAAAAGGAACAGCUUCAGCAUAGUAUGCUAUCUUAACUGCUAUCUGCUCCACCAGAUGAACUAUUCUGAAGAAUGUAGGCCACUGAAAAAUUGAGCCUCUGUAACAUAAGGAGUCUUGAUGGAAUGUAGAAUUUGUUGUUUUCCCUCUUGUAAUAGAAUUGGUAUGUCAA